UAAGUGUGCUGGAAAAUUGUUGAUUUUACUUGCAAGGUUCUAAUUCUGUUGAAAGGAUUUUGUGUUAGCGAACUGUUCCUGUUCGUGGAUAGGGCCACUGAUCAAGGUUGGCACAGACGAACAACCUCCUCAACUUUCCUACUUCUAUAAUCCUCCUAUCCAAAUCCAAAAUCCAACUGUUCUUAUUCUAUUCAGCUACUACUUUGUUCGGGUCUGAUUCGAUUGUAUUUCGUUACUUCACCCAAAACUGGUGUCUGGGUACUACUUCUUUCAUUUAAGACCACCGAUCUGGUUCCGAAGUUCAUUAUCACUCCAUAUGAAAAUGAAAAUUCUUUCACUUGCGUUAAUGGAGGUGGUUAGGUGGAGAGAGUGAUAGCAUUGAAUUUAGCGAUGGAUGGGUUAAGAAAGGACCAAUCACUAGUAGGAGCUACUGACAAUAUAAAUGAAGAAACCAACAACAUAACUCAGAAAGUUAUCUCAGAAGGAGGAGAAGAGACGAUGGUUCCACCAGUUGGAAAUUCGAUUCACAGGUCGAGUUCACGGCCACAGCUUGAUCUUAGUGGUGCAGCCAUUCAAGGGAAUUUCGAAGAGAGAGACCCCACGAUUCUGUUGCCUAAUCAAUCUGAUGAUAUAUCCCAUUUGGCAUUGGACAUUGGAGGCUCUCUCAUCAAGUUAGUUUAUUUUUCAAGACACGAGGAUCGUGUAGUUAAUGACAAGAGGAAGAAGUCUGCAAAGGAGAGAUUUGGUGUUAGCAAUGGUAACAUCAGGAGGACUUUUCCAAUCCUCGGAGGGAGGCUGCAUUUUGUCAAGUUUGAAACUGCUAAAAUUAAUGAAUGUUUAGAAUUCAUCCACUCGAAGCAACUUCACAGAGGAGACAAUGACAACGCAGUAAUCAAGGCUACAGGUGGUGGGGCAUACAAGUUUGCUGAUCUAUUCAAAGAGAAACUUGGAGUUAGCAUUGAAAAAGAAGAUGAGAUGGAUUGUCUUGUAGCGGGUGCAAAUUUUUUGCUAAAGGCGAUUCGCCAUGAAGCCUUCACCCAUAAGGAAGGUCAUAAAGAGUUUGUGCAGAUAGACCAUAAUGAUUUGUACCCAUAUCUUCUUGUUAAUAUCGGAUCUGGUGUCAGCAUGAUAAAGGUUGAUGGAGAUGGGAAGUUUCAGCGGGUUAGUGGGACAAAUGUAGGUGGCGGUACAUACUGGGGGUUAGGGAGGCUGUUAACCAAGUGCAAGAGUUUUGAUGAACUGCUGGAGUUAAGUCAAAGGGGAGAUAAUAGCUCCAUAGAUAUGCUUGUCGGUGACAUUUAUGGGGGCUUGGAUUACUCAAAGAUUGGACUUUCUGCAUCAACAAUUGCUUCCAGUUUUGGCAAGGCGAUUUCUGAGAACAAGGAAAUCGAAGACUACAGACCUGAAGACAUUUCUCUAUCUCUCCUUCGUAUGAUUUCUUACAAUAUAGGCCAGAUAUCUUAUUUAACUGCGUUGCAACUUGGAAUUAAGCGGAUAUUUUUUGGAGGAUUUUUCAUAAGAGGACAUGCUUAUACCAUGGACACAAUUUCAUUUGCAAUCCAAUUUUGGUCAAAAGGAGGAGCGCAAGCUAUGUUUUUACGUCAUGAAGGGUUUUUAGGAGCUUUAGGUGCAUUUAUGAGUUAUGAGAAGCAUGGAUUAGAUGACUUGAUGGUUCACCAGCUGGUUGAAAGAUUUCCAAUGGGUGCUCCGUACACUGGAGGAAAGAUUCAUGGUCCUCCACUUGGGGAUUUAAAUGAGAAGAUAUCAUGGAUGGAGAAGUUUGUACGGAAAGGAAUUAAAAUUACUGCUCCUGUUCCAACGGCUUCUCCAAGAACUACUGGUUUAGGUGGCUUUGAGGCGCCAUCAUCGAAAGGAGACACCCUACGUUGUGAUGAAAGUAAUUUAAAUGUUGGUGUCCUUCAUCUGGUGCCUUCUUUAGAAGUGUUCCCGUUGUUGGCUGACCCUAAAACGUAUGAACCGAACACUAUUGAUCUUGCUGAUCCCAAUGAACUUGAAUAUUGGUUCACAGUGUUGUCUGAGCAUUUACCGGACCUUGUUGAUAAGGCAGUGGCCAGUGAAGGUGGAACAGAUGAUGCUAGAAGAAGGGGCGAUGCUUUUGCUCGUGCAUUUUCGGCCCAUUUGGCAAGGUUAAUGGAGGAGCCAGCUGCUUACGGGAAAUUAAGCCUGGCCAAUCUUCUCGAGUUGAGAGAAGAAUGCUUGAGAGAAUUCAACUUUUUUGACGCAUAUAGUACAAUAAAACAUAGAGAGAAUGAGGCAUCACUUGCUGUUUUACCCGACCUUCUGAUGGAGCUUGAUGGUAUGAGUGAGGAAACACGACUCCUUACGUUAAUAGAAGGUGUUCUUGCUGCAAACAUCUUUGAUUGGGGAUCUCGUGCAUGUGUUGAUCUUUAUCACAAAGGGACAAUCAUUGAAAUCUAUAGAAUGAGUCGCAAAAAGAUGCAAAGGCCUUGGAGGGUGGAUGAUUUUGAUGCAUUUAAGGAGAGAAUGGGUUUUGGAGACAAGAAACAUCAACGUCAUAAACGAGCCUUGCUCUUUGUGGACAACUCGGGUGCUGAUGUUGUUUUAGGAAUGCUUCCCCUGGCUCGAGAACUUCUACGCCGUGGAACUGAAGUUGUGCUUGUUGCAAACUCCCUUCCAGCACUAAAUGAUGUUACUGCAAUGGAGCUUCCAGAAAUCGUUGCCGAGGCUGCCAAGCACUGUGACAUUCUUCGUGGAGCUGCUGAAGCUGGCGGCCUACUUAUGGAUGCAAUGAUCAAUAUCCAAGACAGUCCAAGGGAGAAGUCAUCUUCUACUCCUUUAAUGGUGGUCGAAAAUGGUUGUGGGAGCCCAUGCAUCGACUUGAGGCAAGUUAGCUCUGAGUUAGCUGCUGCCGCAAAAGAUGCUGAUUUGGUGAUUUUGGAAGGGAUGGGGCGUGCGUUGCAUACCAACUAUAAUGCUCGGUUUAAAUGUGAUGCUCUAAAGCUUGCAAUGGUGAAAAAUCAACGGUUGGCUGAGAAGUUGAUUAAAGGGAAUAUAUACGACUGCGUUUGCAGAUACGAGCCAGCUAAUUGAAACUUGGAGUGUUUCUUGAUGAUUGUUGGAUCUUGUAUCAUAAAAGAAAGGAGAAAUUAAUGUAUUAGAAUAUGUUCAAAUCACCAAACACACAUAAGUCAUGUAUCUUUUUAGCUUUUGUGUUCUAUUCGUCUGGUGCAUUUCUGUCCAUUGCCUAGAAACACAGAAUCUUGUUCUUUGAAAAUAAUAAUGGAGCACUUUAUAUUU